AUGCCUCGACCAGGGAAAAACUCCUACAGUGAUCAGAAGCCACCUUACUCCUACAUCUCCCUGACUGCUAUGGCCAUCCAGAGCUCCACCGAGAAGAUGUUACCCUUGAGUGACAUUUACAAGUUCAUCAUGGACCGGUUCCCCUACUAUAGAGAGAACACCCAGAGGUGGCAGAACUCCCUUAGGCACAAUCUGUCCUUCAAUGACUGCUUCAUCAAGAUCCCUAGAAGACCUGACCAGCCUGGCAAAGGUAGUUUUUGGGCACUGCACCCGGACUGUGGGGACAUGUUUGAGAAUGGCAGCUUCUUGAGGAGAAGGAAAAGGUUCAAAGUGCACAGAGCUGAGCACCUGGCCUCCAAAAGUCACCAGAUGAUUCAUUAUUUUCAUCACCAGCAUGGACAAACCAAACUGGGGCUGACUUCUUCAGAGAGUGCUGCAGUGGCAGGGAUUGGGAGGCUACCCCACUUUCAGCCAUAUAGCCUCAAUGGAGGCCAGUCCACAGGGUUCAAGCACCCCUUCGCUAUAGAGAACAUCAUUGGCAGAGAUUAUAAAGGGGUGAUGAGUGGUGGUCUUCCAUUAGCAUCCAUGAUGCAUCACUUGGGAUACCCAGUGCCCAGUCAACUUAGCAAUAUGGUUAGCUCCAUGUGGCCCCAUGUUGGCAUGAUGGACUCUAUGGCAAGCAUGACAGUACCACAAGAGUAUGGGCAUUUUGGGAUGCCAAUGAAAACUAUUUGCCAUGCUCCAAGUCAGACUAUCCCAGCUGUGCCUGUCCCUAUAAAACCAACAGCCUCUCUGCCACCAGUGUCCGCCAUCCCAAGCCUGACUGUCAAUCCCUCUAGCAUGUGCGCCCCUACAGCCACAGUGGCCGCUUCUAUCCUGGAGCAAUCUGCAUCCACUCACCCGGACAAUAAGGGUAGUAUGCUGCACUCAGUGCUGGUCCAUUCCUAG